AAAAGUUAAGAUACUUACACAAGUUCGACGACGCCCUCGAGGCCGGGGUCGUGGCGCGGCGGGCGCUCGGGCGAGAACGCCGCCGGGAAGGCGUUGGAGGGGACCCGCCGCCAGCGCCCUCCAUCAUCUCGGAAGUAGUCGCGCGCCCAGCCGAGGCCCUCUCUACCAUAAUGCAAUAGAGCGUGCCCGGCCUGGACCGCGUAGUGGUACGCGACCCAGAAGGCCGCGAUUGCCAUUUUCUCGGCCCUACUACACGCCCGCGCGCCCUUCCGCCAGUAUUUGAGAGGCGGGUGCACGACGCGGCCGGGCCAGGAGUCCUGCGAUUUUUCUGAGGCGCCGAACGUCGCGUUCUUCGCGAGGGACCCCUGGCCGCACGUGAUGCAGAAUAAGCGCCGCGCGUCGACGCAGCCUAAUAAAGUGCAGACCGGCUUCAUCAGCCACGUGUCCUUGUCGACGCUAUGGUCUCCAUAAACACCACACGCGACCGCGCACGGUAGUAGUAAUGUGACGCCCAGCGCCGCGAACAGCAGCCCCUCUCUUAUAUAUCGAUAGCCCAGCGUCGGCCGGCAGCAGAUCACUAUAAUACCAGCAACCACAUAGCACGGCGCCCUUAUUAAAGCUUCGGCCGCCGCGCAGUAUUGCUCACAAAAAUUCGCGUGGAAGUAGAAGCAGCACCGCCACUGGCGCAUGGUCGGCGCCGUCUCCGCGUAGACCUGGCGCGCGGCGGCGUCCGCCCUUGAUGAGGGCAGCAUCUCCACGUCCUCGUCGGACUCAUCGUCCGAGUCGUCCUGCGACCGCUCGCGCCGCCGCGGCCCCAGGUCCACCAGCUCGAGCUCGUCGUCCUUAUUUGUGAGUCGGUCCGUCUCCGGGUUCUCGGCUUCGACGCUCGGCUCGCUCCAGCCCGGCGGCUCCGUCCAGCUCGACGCGCCCGUCGCCGCGUCGUACCAGUAGUGGGUCUGGUAGGUCGUGUCGAACUCGCGCGUCCAGGCCAUGUUUCACUGUCUUGGGCAGCAGUGCGGCGCCCCAGCCGCGGCGCGUCGAUGGCGUGCCGGUUGGGCAGUCUGUUUGGGCCGGCAGCCCUUAGCCGCAGCCCGGCCCGCUCAUCGCGCUAUACGAUCAAUGCGUCGCAUAGCUUGCCCCUGCGCGUCCAUUCGCGGCCGCUUGGGCUGCCUCCACAUGUAUAAAGCUGGUGUAAGUUGUGAAGCAAAAAAACCGUGUUUGCUAGUGUGUUACAGACCGCUAGCGCGGAUGCCCUGCUCGCCUUUUUUGCAUGCUCUGUGCAGCGCUGCCGCCUGUACGCCAGCAUCGGUGCUUCUUGAACCAAUCCAGACCUCCAGCGAACCUCGCGCGCCGCGUCGUCCCGCCGGAGCAGUCAACACAGCAGCGCACACCUCACUGCACGCCGCCGCCGCAGCAGCCAACAGCAACGCCGCCGCCGCGACAAAUAAGACAAAAAUGUUCAAGAAGUUCGACCCCGCCGAGGCCGUCUCCAGCCGGUCGCAAGUCAAGUCUAGCGUGGUGCGCGGCAUCCGCGCGGCGUUGGUCGAGCAGUACCCCUUGAUCGAAGAUGUUAUUGAUGAGAUCCUCCCGAAGAAAGACAUCUCCAUGGCCAAGUGCCAGAACCACGUGAAUAUUUUGUGCGCCGCCCAGGAACCGCUGUUCUUCCAGCAGCGCGACGGCCCGUGGUACCCGACGUUGCGGUUAGUUCACAGGAGGAAGUCGUGCUUCGCCACGAGCACGUGGCAGACCGACGCCGGCGCGAUCCGCUUCGUCCUGGGCGGCGCGAACAUCAUGUGCCCCGGGUUUACGUCGGAGGACGGGGCGCUCGACCACGACUUGCCCAAAGGCUCUCCAGUUGUUAUUGGAGCCCACGGCAAGAAGCACGCCAUGGCCGUGGGCCAGGUGCUCAUGGGGCGCGACGCCGUGCGCGAGGUGAACAAGGGCCACUGCGUCGAGAACCUCCACUUCCUGGGGGACGGGCUCUGGCAGGCGGAGAAGCUCGACUAACGUUUAUCUUUCUUGUAAGCGACGAUGGCGUGCUAGUCACGGUACGAGAAUACUACGAUCGGGCGAAGGCGAGCGCGUAAGGGG